AGGUUUUUUCAACUUCAGCUGUUGCUCGCGCGCAUGCCACGGUCGAACGCGCAGGACUCGAUUACAUUGUUACCAUUACAAAAUUGCCAUUCCAUUCAGUCACGCCAAGGCGCUCGCUGUUGUCGUACGCGCUUGCAUUAUCAUCAACACCGGAGGACGGGGAGGCGUGUUGUGAUAAACAAAAGCGGUGAAAUUCCGAUGUGCGAAGAGAACGAACACCGAAACACAGAGAUUUGUUAGGAUGUCGACCGCGUUGCUUGCCGUCGUCGCCGUGAUCCUCUGCGUGCUGUUUCGCAUGCUGAAUGUACACAGCCAGCCUCAGAAGCCGGUCAUCUGCUGCGGCGAUGUUAACUUCCUGGACACCGUGAAGAAGAUUGCACCGUUAAUUCUAGAACCGUAUUCCCCGACGAGAUUAUGGGGAUUUAGCGGGCAUAUUCAAACAAUACUGCAUAGUAUUAUUGGUCGUGUGAGAUGUCCGUGGCCUAUCGGCGAGCGGGUGUAUCUUGUCCUGCAGGAUGGCAGUACCCUCACCUACGAUUUAUAUCAACCUUUGGGUGCAAUAAGUGAAGAUGAUGUGACAAUUGCCAUUGUGCCUGGCAUCGGAAACACUUCCGAAAGCGUCUACAUCAGGACUUUCGUCCACUGGGCGCAAUGUCAUGGAUAUCGCUGCGCUGUGCUCAAUCACGUUGGUGCCUUGCACAGUGUACCAGUGACAUCACCACGCAUUUUCAGUUAUGGUAAUACUGGCGAUUUUCAUGAAAUGCUCACACAUCUUGUCAUUAAGCAUUCCAAUACGCAACUGGUAUGCAUCGGAUUCAGCCUGGGUGGUAACAUUGUCACGAAAUACAUGGGUGAGACAGAACGCGAGCGUCCACCGCAGAUAAUCGGCGCCGUUUCAAUUUGUCAGGGCUACAACGCCAUUAAGGGCACGCACUAUUUGCUGAAUUGGCAAAACUUCCGCCGCUUCUACUUGUACGUGAUGACGGAGAACAUGAAAGGUAUUAUCCUGCGCCAUCGACACAUGCUGCUUUCCGACGAGGUGAAGCAACGUCACCGAUUGGUGGAACAUGAGAUUAUUUCGGCGGCUACGCUACCUGAACUGGAUGAUGCUUACACACGCAAGAUGACCAACUUCAAAAGCAUCUCUGCUUUGUACAAAUGGAGCUCUUGCAUCAACUAUCUCGAUAAUAUCGAAGUUCCUAUGCUGUUUAUCAACGCCAAGGAUGAUCCAAUUGUGCACGAAGAACUUUUGGAACCUAUCAAAGAGUUUGCAAUGAAACGCAAAAAGACCUUGUAUGUAGAAGUUGCACACGGCGGACAUCUUGGAUUCUAUGAAGGUGGAUUGAUUUAUCCGAACCCAGUAACGUGGCUGGAUCGUGCGCUGGUCGCGUUGAUCGGCAGCCUCGUGCUCAACCACAACGAUUCCGUCUUGAAGAAGACUUCCAGCGUGGUGAUGUAACACUGCUCGACCGCCUAGAACAACCGACGAAGCCAACACCGACGUGUACUUAGACAGUACUAUCCCCCAUCACCUCCGACUAAUUUUUUUCAAAUUUGUUUGUUUCGAUAAUGUAAUUGAUUAAACUAAACGAUACACAUAAUCCGACUGGCGCACAGGAUGACAUACGAUGCAUUUAUACAAAGUAUAUAUUUUUAUGAUACGAAUUUACAAAAUGACUAAGCGACAUACCAAACACCAGUAGAUUUUCUUCGUGUAGCAAACGUGUUCGAAAGAUUAGUUGUAAGGCGAUUUUUAUACCAACGCACCUUUAGCGCCAUCAUCGUGAUAGUUGAUUCUGUUUUCUGUUGCAUUUUUCUUACUAAUUGUGCGAGGGCAAUGGGUUUUUGCGUAUGUGUUUCCAAUUGAAAGCAUUGUGAUAAUAUGAUUAAUAAGUUAUUAGAGUUUUAACUUUGUAGACAAUAGCAUUUUAUAUGGUUGAGACAAGAGCAGCGGCGGCUUGCGUUUGCGAUGUGAGCAUACAACAUACAUUUGUGCAUUUUUUGAAAGUGUUUUUGCAGCAAAUACAUGUAUUUAUGAUAUAAUUUAAUAAAAAUGUGCUCAAAUUCAA